CUCUUAUUGCCUUCUCACUCUCAUUUCCAAUACAUCUCCGCUGAUUUCAAGUUUUCAAGCAGUUGUGUUAUCUCUUUGCAUCAAAACUCUCAUCAGUAUGGCCAUGUCUCGCUUUCAAAGAUCUUCUUUGUUGCUCAUGAUCACUCUACAGCUCUUUAGCUUAUCUGAUGCUAAAGAUAUACUCAUUGGGGGCAAAACAGAUGCAUGGAAAGUCCCAUCUUCUCAAUCCGAUUCUCUCAAUAAAUGGGCUGAAAGUUCUCGUUUUCGCAUUGGUGACUCUCUUGUGUGGAAAUAUGACAGCCAGAAAGACUCAGUGUUGGAAGUGACAAGAGCAGCUUAUCUAAGCUGCAACGUCUCAAAUCCAGUUGAAGAGUACAAGGAUGGGAACACUAAGGUGAAGCUUGAAAGAGCAGGGCCAUACUAUUUCAUCAGUGGAGCAGAGGGUCACUGUGAGAAAGGGCAAAAGAUGAUUGUGGUGGUUCUGUCCCCAAGACAUAACAGGUUCAUUGGCAUUUCUCCAGCUCCUUCUCCAGCUGAGUUUGAAGGCCCUGCUAUUGCUCCAACAAGCACUGCUACCAGCUUGAAAUUCAAAGGCAGCUUCUUGGUGGCUCCUUUGGGGAUUUUGCUCUGGGCUUUGUUUUGAUGAGAUGGAUCAUUCCAUUUAACUCUAGUAAUGAGGGUAUUGCCUGCUUUAGAUCUUGAAUUAUGGGAAAGAAUUUUGGAUUUUCCUUUCCAGCUCAUUUUCUUUAUUCAUUCUUGAUAUUUUUUUGAGCCUUAUGUAGAGACUUUCAGGAUAUUGAUAUGAAAUUCAUUUUAUUAUUUAUUUAUUUA